AUGGACGGCCUGGUGUUUAUGACGGCUGCGGCCCACCUCGUCUAUACACCCUUCACUAAGGUCGAGGAGAGCUUCAAUUUGCAGGCCAUGCACGAUAUCUUAUAUCUGCGCAACAAUUUCUCGCAGUACGAUCAUCAUGAGUAUCCAGGAGUUGUGCCUCGCACUUUUGUUGGGCCCCUCAUUGUAUCGAUGUUCUCUGCUCCGUUUGUGGUGCUCUUCGAGAUGCUGAGCAUCAAUAAAUUCUGGGCCCAAUAUGUAGUCCGCCUUGUCUUAGCUGGAGCUAUUACAGUUGCGUGGAACAAUUUGCGAAAGGCCGUUACCAACAUCUAUGGCAUCGAAGUGCGUCUAUGGUUUACGGCUAUAACCAUAACGCAAUUUCACUAUAUUUUCUACAUGACGCGGCCCCUGCCAAACAUCUUUGCAUUGCCAUUUGUGCUCUAUGCAAUUACGUAUUGGAUGCGCGGCCAAACCAAGCCAUUUAUCAUAUGCUCUGGCAUUGCAAUCAUUGUGUUUCGCUCCGAGUUGGCAUUGUUUUUGGGGUUGCUGCUUGCGCAAGAUCUGCUGAGGCAAAAGUUAUCUAUCGAUGGUUUACUGAAGAUUGCUUUGCCGGCUGGAGUGUGCAUUUUGGCAGCUACUGUAUUGGUGGACUCGUUCUUCUGGCGCCGCCUACUAUGGCCUGAGGGCGAAGUGCUGUGGUACAAUACGAUACUCAACAAAAGCUCAAACUGGGGCACGUCCCCAUUUCUAUGGUACUUUUACUCGGCACUUCCACGGGCUAUGGGUGCGUCAUUGUUCUUUGUGCCGAUUGGCAUUUACUUUGAAAGGCGCCUACGACCCCUGGCUCUUUCGGCAUUGGGAUUCGUGCUGUUGUACUCAAUACUGCCACACAAGGAACUUCGAUUUAUCAUAUACGUAUUUCCUGUUCUCAAUAUUGCUGCAGCCUGCGGCUGCCAUCGUUUGUGGAUGAACAGUGCCAAAUCCGCAUGGCAUAGCUUCCUGGCAUUGAUUGCAGCGUCGCAUUUGCUUGUCAAUGUGCUGAUAACCAUAUUCCUGCUUGUUGUCUCGGGAACCAAUUAUCCAGGUGGCGCAGCGCUCUCUCGGUUGCAUCGUCUGGAGGGGGCCAAUUCAAAUGUAACGGUUCAUAUUGCAAACUUGGCCGCACAGAGCGGUGUAUCGCGUUUCAUGGAAAUCAACAGCAAUUGGACCUAUAGCAAGGAUGAAUCAAUGAACUAUACUCAAGCGGAAAUCGCCAUCUAUAGUCACUUGUUGGUGGAAGCGAAAAAUAAGCACAACACGGAGCUGUGGGCAACAUUGGAGGAGAAUUUCGAAAUUUUGGAGUUUAUAGAUUGUUUCAAUAGCAUCGGCAUUCAGUACAACUCCAUCCUGCCAGUGCGGAUUAAAACAAAGCCUUGCAUAGGUAUUUUGAAGAAACGAGUGCCUGCUGAGACAGUGCUCCAACAUGAAGAGAAGCCACCAAAGGAAAAGAGUCCAAAAGAAAUUACGAAAAAUAAACGAAAAGAGAAAAUUGAGGCAGAUAAAGUGGAAGUAACUUCAAAUUUGCCUUUGGAUAAUGACAUAAAAGAAGAAACCGAGUUGGACAACAAAGCCCCCGAGCCAAUGGAUAAAUCUGAGCAACCCGUUAUAGACCAUAUGGCGGUGCAGGUUGAUGAUGACGAUGGCAUAGUGGCUACUGUGGAGGAAGUAUCUCUGGAACUUAAUGAUGGCCCUGAAGCAGCAAAAGAGAUAAACUUUCAGGAACUGCGAAACCUUGCGCUGAAGCAAACGCCACAAAAGUCCCGCGCUGCUACCAAACUUAAGAUUCGAAAAAUAAUUGAGCAGCACUUUAGAGCCAAGGGGCGGCAUAUUGAAAAUGAUUCUGCGGAAAUCCAGAAGCCGCAUGGCGUCCCACGUAGUGGACUGCGUCAAUCGGUAAAGUCGAUCAUAAAGCAGGAGAAGAUUAAAGAAAUGAUUGAACAGAUUGCUACGAUGGACUUAACACGCAUCUGCGACCUGGAGAAGACCUCAACAAAGGAGUGCCUAAAGCAGGUCAUAGACAAAAUGGAUGAGGAGAGUAUAAAUCAAAAAUGACAAAAACCAUGUCUGCCCCAUAAGUUAUAAUUUAUUUGAUUAUCUGUAAUAAACUUGCUCCCAACGGCGAAUUUAAUGCUAA